CUAAUACGGAGCAUUUGACCUUCUAGUCUGUACAGCAGAAUCUCCUGGUAUCAGGAUUAGGAAAGAGUGCCUUCAGAAACAAUAUGUAGCAAAUGGGUAUCACAACUCUGAAGCUCCUCCCUUGGUUCAGCGAUUGCAUGUUUUAAGGAUCCUUGUCGCCUCAGCAGCGAAUUGGGCUUCUGAACUUCAGAAGCGGAUUUCAUGUGGUGCUUGCUAAACAUUGAGUCACCAUGAGUAGUAACCUAGGAAAAGAAAAGGACUGUAAAGAGAAGGAUCCGAAAGUCCCAUCGUCAAAAGAAAGGGAGAAGGAGGCCAAAGCCUCUGGAGGAUUUGGGAAAGAGAGCAAAGAAAAGGAGCCUAAGACCAAAGGGAAAGAUGCCAAAGAUGGAAAGAAGGACUCCAGUGGCACGCAGCCUGGGGUAGCUUUUUCAGUGGACAAUACGAUAAAAAGACCUAAUCCAGCCACAGGUACCCGCAAAAAAUCCAGCAAUGCUGAAGUGAUCAAAGAGCUAAAUAAAUGCCGGGAGGAGAAUUCGAUGCGCUUGGACUUGUCCAAGAGGUCUAUACACAUGCUUCCAUCAGCUGUCAAAGAGCUGACGCAGCUAACGGAACUUUACUUGUACAGUAACAAACUGCAGUCCCUCCCGGCGGAGGUGGGCUGUCUCCUGAACCUGGUGACUCUGGCCCUGAGUGAGAACUCGCUCACCAGCUUGCCCGACUCUCUCGAUAACCUGAAGAAGCUGCGCAUGCUGGACCUGCGGCAUAACAAGCUGCGGGAGAUCCCCCCGGUGGUGUACCGGCUCGGCUCCCUCGCCACGCUCUACCUGCGCUUUAACCGGAUCACUGCUGUGGAAAAGGAGAUCAAAAACUUGUCAAAGCUCACCAUGCUUAGCAUACGAGAGAACAAAAUCAAGCAACUACCUGCUGAAAUUGGUGAGUUGUGUAACCUCAUCACGCUGGAUGUAGCGCACAAUCAGCUUGAACAUCUUCCAGAAGAGAUUGGAAGCUGCACGCAGAUCACCAACCUUGACUUGCAGCACAAUGAGCUCUUGGACCUGCCAGAAACCAUAGAUUACAGCUUGCUUUGUGGUUGGGAUGGUUCAGCAAGAGAGUUUGAGCACUCGGAAAAACCCAGCGAGUCAGUGGUGCGUGGCGGCUGCUGCGCGUCCCUCGGCCGGCUGCGGGACGGGCCCUCUGGCCCCUCCAGCUCCCGGUCCCGUCCCUUCCCUGCUCACGGGCAUCCACCUGGUGUUGGCACAACCGGCUCUCCCCGCAGCAUUUACAUGCUGCCAG